AAACCAGCCGUGCUCCUCCGAACCCGCGCUCCACGCCGCUCCGCACUGCACCGAACCGUUCCUUCCGUUCGGCGCCGCCGCCGAGAUGCUGCCGCUGGCGCGCGCCCCUCUCCGCCGCCUCCUGCUCUCCUCGCCCCGAGCCCUGUCUCUCUGCACCCCCUACGCGACCAUAGUCCGCCGCGGCGGCGUCUCGCCCCUUCUCCUGAUGCUCUCCUCUCGCCCCUCGGCGGGCCGCGUCGGCGGGGGCUCCCCGGCCCCAACCGGGCCCUCCUCGGGAAGGGGUAGCUUCUGCGCCCGCGCCGUCAGCGUGGACGACGAGGCGUCCUCCAGCUCCGCCGCCGCCGGCAGCGUCUACGACCUGGCCGCGCCUUACCUCUCCGUCCGCAUCCGCUGUCGCAAGGAGGACGCCGAAUUGCUGUCCGAGUCCCUGCUGUGCUUCGGCGCUUGCUCCGUCACCGUGGACGACAUCGCGGACGCUGCGAAUCUCGACGAGAUCUCCAUAACCACCAUAUAUGCACACGGGGAGAACGUGGGCUCGAGCGUUUCGAAUGCCGCAAGCUCAGCUGGUCUGGACUACAGCCCAGUGUAUGAAACCUCUCUAGGAAAGCAGUGCGAUUGGGUGACACUCGUGCAGGAAACAUACGAGUCUACUAAAGUUAUCGAUGACCUUUGGAUCAUUCCUAAAUGGAGAACUCCCCCUGAUCCACAGGCCACAAAUAUAAUUAUCGACCCAGGUCUGGCUUUUGGAACUGGGGAGCAUCCCACGACUAAGUUGUGCCUUCUAUUUCUAAGGGACGCCAUUAAAGGAGGCGAACAUGUCUUGGACUAUGGAACAGGCACCGGAGUGUUGGGUAUUGCAGCUCUGAAGAUGGGUGCUGCUCUAUCCACUGGUAUAGACAUAGACCCUCAAGCUGUAAGCUCCGCUCGCCAGAACAUGUUGCUGAAUGGUAUGGAUUCCGACAGAAUGCUGGUUUACUUGGUACCGCCGGGUACCGAGCCUUCAUGCUUCUCAAGUACAAUUGACAAAUCAGAAGAGAAAAAGCCCAGUAGUAAUCUUGAGCUCAAGUCCUCAAGGGGGACAUACGACAUUGUUGCAGCAAAUAUACUGCAGAACCCCUUGCUGGAGCUGGUCGAGGAUAUAGUUGGAUUUGCGAAAACCGGUGGAACAGUUGCUGUUUCAGGGAUAUUGUGUGAGCAGGUUCCCAAGGUCGAAAAGGCUUACUCCGGGUACUUGGACAACAUAUCUGUAUCCGAAAUGGAUGGAUGGGCGUGCCUUCAGGGAACAAGAAGAGCGUAGAUUUAUGCAUUUUUUUUCUUCUUCUCACAUUGUAAAGGCAGUCUGACCUUACUUUCCCGACCGGUGAGAGGAUUUUUGCCCCUACAAGAGGAGAAUGUUUUGGCUUUAACUAUUUGAGUCAUUUUGGUAGGAUUACUUGGGUGUUGUAAAACUACACUGUACAUUGUUUUCAUUGCAUUUUUCA